UGAUGAGGGAACGCUCUUCUGUGUUGAUAUAUGUUGUUGUGUGCUGCUCCUACCAGGAAUAGGGGAACCGUGAAUGCAGGAAGGCGCAUCCCCCGAUCCUGACUUUCGAGGAUAUUAUAGCCGCGCGUAAAAAAAAAAUGGCUAAAAUUGCGUCAAGCGCCCUGGUGACGAUCACAAUCCUCCAGUCGUGGGCUCACUGCGUGUGGGCCACGCAGGUCGCCUUCGCCAACUUCUCCGUGGACAACGAGGUGCGCUCCAGCUUCAUCCAGCGGCGGCUGCGGAGCCAAGAGCGCAGGGAGAUGCAGCGGGAGAUCCUCUCCAUCCUGGGGCUGCCGCAUCGGCCGCGGCCGCACGUCCACACCAAAUACACCGCGGCCCCGAUGUUCAUGCUGGACCUCUACAACACCAUCUCCACGGACGCGCAGCUGCCCGGGUACUCCCUCUACAAGCCCGUUCUGCCGACCCAGGUGUCCCCCAUGGACAGCCGCUUCCUCGAUGACGCGGACACGGUGAUGAGUUUUGUCAAUCUGGUGGAUCAGGACCAGGAUCCCCCGCACCGGCAUCACAGAAGAGAGUUCCGGUUCGACCUUUCCCGUAUUCCAGAGGGCGAAGUCGUCACGGCGGCAGAGUUCAGGAUCUAUAAAGAUUUCCUCCGGGAGCGCUACGAGAACGAGACCUUCAGAGUCGGGGUCUUCCGGGUCCUGCAGGAUCCUCCUAACGGUGAAGUGGAGCUCCUGCUGCUGCAGCAGCGGGAGGUGUGGGCCGCAGAGGAGGGCUGGCUGGUGUUUGACCUCACCGACACCAGUAACCUCUGGCUGGUCCACCCGGAGCAGAACCUCGGCCUGCGGCUGGUCCUGGAGAACAACCACGGGCAGAGGAGGAGCCCCAGACUGGCAGGGCUGGUGACCAGCAGCGGGCCUCAGGACAAGCAGCCCUUCGUGGUGGCCUUCAUCAAAGCCAACGAGGUGCGUUUCCGCAGCGUCCGCUCCGCCCACAGGGGGCGCCAGUCCCACCGCUCCAAACCGCAAAAGACGGUCCAAGACGCGAUACAGGCCGUGGAGGCUGCAACAGUUUACCGCGGCAUCUCCAAAGAGGGCUGCAAAAAGCACGAGCUGUAUGUCAGCUUCAGGGAUUUGGGAUGGCAGGACUGGAUCAUAGCGCCGGAGGGCUACGCGGCGUACUUCUGCGAGGGAGAAUGCGCCUUCCCUCUCAACUCCUACAUGAACGCCACCAAUCACGCCAUUGUGCAAACUCUGGUGCACUUCAUCAACCCGGACACGGUGCCCAAGCCGUGCUGCGCCCCCACGCAGCUCCACGGCAUCUCGGUGCUCUACUUCGACGACAGCUCCAACGUCAUCCUCAAGAAAUAUCGCAACAUGGUGGUCAGAGCGUGUGGCUGCCACUGACCCCCCCCCCCCCACACACACACACACACGCACACACCCCUCUUGCUGUGAGUUCUACAAUUUGGGGGAGGAGGAAGAGGGGGAGGGAGGCGGAAGGGAAGCAACCGGCGACGAGAGAUGCCCGGCGGGUCACCAGGGGGCCUCAGAGCCGGCUUUAAAUAAUCUGGAUUCUGGUUUUUUCAAAAAUAUAUAUUUUGAUGAGCAGCAGCUGAGCCUCCGAUGCAGCAUUCACCACCACCACAAACCAAAUAGAACUAUUGGUACCAGAGAAAGGUCGAACAAAGGGCUUUCUUUAGCUUUUCGACUUUAGGAAAGGAGUUUACUGAAAGGACGCCGAGCCCCGUGGAGUAACUUCAGAGACUCAGACGGAACAUGAAGAGGUUACUAUCUUCUGUAAUGCGCGACACAUCUCUCUCUCUCUCUCUCUCUCUCUCUCUGCGUUUUCAUCCAGGCGCUGACCAUGAAAGCAUCAGAAUAUUAAAAAAGCACUGCCUGAGUGGACAUGUGCAUUUAGGAAACCGAUUCCACGGCUCAAACAUCUUCAUCUUUCCCGUUUUGGACCCGCUGGCGCUGAACCGGUUGUUCAGCGCCGGCCACUCGGACCGCCGCUCAGGACGCCGACUGGCAGCUCGCGCGUGGGUCCGAAUGGCGCCGGAGACCGCUCACAUAACAGCGUGACGCCGGCCCAGUCGGACCCUCUAGUGUCCUUGGUCCCCGGGGCCUGUGAGAUCGGCACCGUGUCAGUGAUUCGUCUCCCCGAGACGGACCGCUGCGAUCCGAUGAAGGAUGUUCAGAUUCAAGUUAAUAAAUGGAAACUGUAAAAAACAA